CCAGCGCCGCAGCGGGGAAUCUGCAGUAGGUCCGCUGGCGAUGGAGUGGUGGGCUAGCUCGCCGCUUCGGCUCUGGCUGCUGUUGUUCCUCCUGCCCCCAGCGGAGGGCCGCCAGAAGGAGUCAGGUGGGCUCCGGGCAGUGCCGAGCCUGCCCCUUGGGCUCGGGGUCUGGCCGGAGUCCCGAGGCGCUUCCCAGCGCGGCCGGCUCCCGGGAAGAUGCCGCGGCCGCUGUAGCUCGGAGCUGGGCAGAAAGCACCGGGGCGCUUGCGGCGGAGAGUGAGGUGCCGGGGUCUCUGCUCCUGCUCUGGACCCUGGAGAGUAACCCAUUCCCCGGAAUUCAGAAUGACAGGGAGGAGAGGGAAUUCCCCGUUCACCCGCAGGAGGCGUCGCCCGUGCUUGGCUACCCUGGACCUGCCUGAAACACUGAGGAGUCGGGGAGGGGGGCAAAUGUCGUGCGCGCGCGCGUGUGUGUAUAUGCGUUGCCAGAAGAGAAGAGGGGUUUAAUGUCUGUAGCUUUUAACUGAUCCUCUUUGUGGAGUUCAAUUUGAUUAGUAGAAAGUGAGAGUCCGCGUCACUAUCCGUAGCGUUCUGAGGGUUGGGCAUUAAGCUUGGGAAUUUUCCAGUUUCUUGGACACCUGACAGCUGGAUAGAGGAACAGACUUGACGUUCAAAAUGGAAAGUAUUUAUUGACCAAAUUAACAGGUCUUUGGAGAAUUACGAACCAUGUUCAAGUCAAAACUGCAGCUGCUACCAUGGUGUCAUAGAAGAGGAUCUAACUCCUUUCCGAGGAGGCAUCUCCAGGAAGACGAUGGCAGAGGUAGUCAGACGGAAGCUAGGGACCCACUAUCAGAUCACUAAGAACAGACUGUACCGGGAAAAUGACUGCAUGUUCCCCUCAAGGUGUAGUGGUGUUGAGCACUUUAUUUUGGAAGUGAUUGGGCGUCUCCCUGACAUGGAGAUGGUGAUCAAUGUACGAGAUUAUCCUCAGGUUCCUAAAUGGAUGGAGCCUGCCAUCCCAGUCUUCUCCUUCAGUAAGACAUCAGAGUACCAUGAUAUCAUGUAUCCUGCUUGGACAUUUUGGGAAGGGGGACCUGCUGUUUGGCCAAUUUAUCCUACAGGUCUUGGACGGUGGGACCUCUUCAGAGAAGAUCUGGUAAGGUCAGCAGCACAGUGGCCAUGGAAAAAGAAAAACUCUACAGCAUAUUUCCGAGGAUCAAGGACAAGUCCAGAACGAGAUCCUCUCAUUCUUCUGUCUCGGAAAAAUCCAAAACUUGUUGAUGCAGAAUACACCAAAAACCAGGCCUGGAAAUCUAUGAAAGAUACCUUAGGAAAGCCAGCUGCUAAGGAUGUCCAUCUUGUGGAUCACUGCAAAUACAAGUAUCUGUUUAAUUUUCGAGGUGUAGCUGCAAGUUUCCGGUUUAAACACCUCUUCUUGUGUGGCUCACUUGUUUUCCAUGUUGGUGAUGAGUGGCUAGAAUUCUUCUAUCCACAGCUGAAGCCAUGGGUUCACUAUAUCCCAGUCAAAACAGAUCUCUCCAAUGUCCAAGAGCUGUUACAAUUUGUAAAAGCAAAUGAUGAUGUAGCUCAAGAGAUUGCUGAAAGGGGAAGCCAGUUUAUUAGAAACCAUUUGCAGAUGGAUGACAUCACCUGUUACUGGGAGAACCUCUUGAGUGAAUACUCUAAAUUCCUGUCUUACAAUGUAACAAGAAGGAAAGGUUACAAUCAAAUUAUUCCCAAAAUGUUGAAAACUGAACUAUAGUAGUCAUCAUAGGACCAUAGUCCUGUUUGUGGCAACAGAUCUCAGAUAUCCUACGGUGAGAAGCUUACCAUAAGCUUGGCACUUAUACCUUGAAUACCUGUUAUCAAGCCAAACACCUGGUUUUCCUUAUCAUGCUGCACCCAGAGUAACUCUUGAGAAAGAUUUAAAAUAUGUCUAAUACACUGAUAUGAAGCAGUUCAACUUUUUGGAUGAAUAAGGACCAGAAAUCAUAAGAUGUGGAUUUUGAACCCAAUUCUACCUUUCAUUUUCUUAAGACCAAUCACAGCUUGUGCCUCAGAUCAUCCACCUGUGUGUGUCCAUCACUGUGAAAUUGACUGUGUCCAUGUGAUGAUGCCCUUUGUCCCAUUAUUUGGAGCAGAAAAUUCAUCAUUUGGAAGUAGUACAACUCAUUGCUGGAAUUGUGAAAUUAUUCUAGGCGUGAUCUCUGUCACUUUAUUUUAAUGUAGGAAACCCUAUGGUGUUUAUGAAAAAUACUUGGGGAUCAUUCUCUGAACCGUCUAAGGAAGCAGUAGCCAUGCCAUGCAAUGAUGUAGGAGUUCUCUUUUGUAAAACCAUAAACUCUGUUACUUAGGAGGUUUCUAUAAUGCCACAUAGAAAGAGGCCAAUUGCAUGAGUAAUUAUUGCAAUUGGAUUUCAGGUUCCCUUUUUGUGCCUUCAUACCCUACUUCUUAAUGUUUCUCUAAAGCCAAAAAAAAAAAAAAAAGACAAAGCCUCUUAAUAAAUUUAGGAAGUAGUCCUCAUUCUUUAAUGGAACUAUACAUAGAACAGCAGCUCUUCCUCACCCUUUGCAUACCUUUAAUAUUUUUCCUUCUUAAAUAGGCCACAGCAGGGGUCAUUCACACUCUCACUGUCUUGCAGGAACCACAAGAAGUCUGCAUAUGUGAACAUGCCGUUCAGUUGGUAGUUAAGAGCGUUCAACUUCAAAUAUAUAGAAGAUACUUGUUUUAGUGCAAAUCCAUAUUGGAGUGCCUCCUUUUUCCUUUUUUCCCUUUUUGAAAAAGAUGUUUUGGGUAGUAGUUUAAUAUCUCGGGGUGCUCUAACAUAGUAAAAAAUGAAGAAAAAUGUUUAGAUUAAAACUCUGUAGUCUGAUGACUUAGAACCAUCCUUGACCCUUAGGCCCAACCUUUCCACAGAGAAAUCACCUCUCUUCCUUUGUCUUUUAAGAACUAUUUGGUAUUAACUAGUUUCAGAAUUAGUAAAUGUGAGAUUCAGUCACAUAAUUAUCAGACAUUCCAUUUGUCAGAAAUGUAUUUGGAUUUUUAAACUCCUUUCCACAAAAUUUUUAGUCUAAUGACCUUCUUAGAGAAGUUGAGCAUGCCUGGCAAGAUCAUUUCAUGGAAUAAGCAGAUGUUUAAAGUUGGAUUUUUUUUUUUUUUUUUUUUUGAGUACCAGCAAUGCACAGGGACCACGUUCUUAGGUUCUUAGUCUGUGAAUCUAGCAAUAGGCAGUACAGAUUUCUGAGUUGUACUAUGGUUUUGCCUUGUCACUAUGAGGCCCUACUAGGUGUAAGCAUUCUGUCUGAAUUUUAAUUUCCUCUCAUUAAAAUAGGAACAAAAUUUGCUAUCCUUUAGAUUAGGAGCUGAAGAUUCAUUUCCCUAGGAAUGUUUCCCAUUUAGCUUCAAGUUUCAGCUCAAACAUCACCUUCUUUCUGAUUCCUUUCAUUCAUUCCUCAAGGCAGUAAGGGGCUACCAUAGUACUUUGCUUAUGCCUGUAUUAUAUGACAUCACUGUAGUUACUUGACUGUUUCUCCUACUGUUCUGUGAACUUAUUAAUGGGUGAGAACCUAGUUUUACUCAUCUUGAUGGCUCCAUGAUCCAGCACAGUGCCUCACACAAAGAACUAUUGGGUGGGUGGAUGGAUGGAGGAAUGGAGACAGUUGGCUUAACUAGAUCCUAUAUACAGAUUAUUACUGGCUCCAAAGGAAGAGUAGAUAAGACCAUAAGAAUUGGAUCAAUGUAAAUCCUCACCUGCCCUUUGAGGAGCCAAGAAGGGCAUCUUUGUCUUUAAAUACAGCAAAUGUUAUUCAGAUUUUGUACUUGUCUGUUUACCUCAGUGUAGAUGAUAUGAGGAUGGUAUAACUAUGUAAACUGUUUGUUUUUGAAAAUAAUUUGUUUCCCUACAACUUUUGAAGGUUUUAUUUGUUGUUGUUGUUACUAGUUCAGUCCCAAACUUACCCUUUCCUUUUCAGAGAGCUAAUGGCCAUGCUUUUCUUCAAGGAAAGAAUAAUUUAUUUGAAUGAAGUGGGAUACUUGGAUAACACAAAUAA